AUGCCAAAACACCGCUCAAUUACAGUUAGUCUAGUUGAUCUUAGUUCUAUAGUUGAAGCAUUUCACUAUAGGUCAUACUCUCAUUACUGGUGGAAAACAUCAACAGACAAAGAAAACGUUGCUUUCUUUCCCCUUCAUGUUGGUCAAAAAACCAAAACCUGUCUUAAUAAUCAUGAUUUUUUUGUAACUAUUAUUGUUGAUAAUAAAAACAAUACCUCUCAACCUGGGUAUUUGUGCCAAAAUGAUGCAUAUAUUAGUCAAAUAGAAAAUGAUCCUUCUAAAGCUAUUUCUUCAAUAUAUGCACAAAUAUUUGAAAAUGGAACGCGAUUUUCAGGUCCCUUAGUAUUAGGAUGGCAAGAUGAAGAUAUUAUUUAUCAACUUUUAAGGGAUGUCUUAUUUGUUCCAAUUUCAAUAUUUGUUGAUUCACUGAAAAUAUUUGUAUAUGGAGUAAGAAUUUCUUCUCAAGAAAAUUGGCUUAACGCUGGUCCUAGAUAUAAAUCAUCUUUCACAUACAAAUUUAAUGGCAACAAACAAGCAAUUUAUAUAUCUAAAAUUGAGGAAGAUAUAUGUAUUCUUGAAAUUUAUCAGGAUAAUCAAAUGAAAAAAAAAUUUGAAGGUGAAACGCCAAUUGCUAUAUGGAAAAAAUCAGAAAUAAAAAAAUACAACGGAAAUCAGCUCUUUGGCCUUGAACAUUCUUUUAUCCAAACUCUUAUUCGUUAUUAUAAAGCAAAAUUACCCACAUGUUUUCCCAAAAAAUGA